UAUGAACUCAUCAUUAUUAACCAAACACAAAACACAAACACAAACACAAACACAAACACAAACACAAACCGUAGUUCUAUUGAUCUCCACUCUUCACAACAUGCCUGUGAGAACCAGAAGCAAAAGCAUCAAAGAAACACCACCAUCACCACCACCACCACCACCACCAACAGAGAAAACCACCAAAACUCCCGAAACGCAGUCCUCUGAGGAGGAAGAAAGCCUGGUAGAGAAACCCCUCCCACCACCCCCCAUCUCUCACUCUCAACUAGCAAUAGCUCAGGCUCUAACAAGCACGGCUCACUUGGUCAACCUCCUCCCCACCGGCACCCUCCUCGCCUUCCAGCUCCUCACCCCGGUCUUCACCAAGAAUGGCUCCUGCGACGCUGUCACCCGGCUCAUGACGCAAAGCCUCCUCCUCCUCCUCGCUGCCUCCUGCUUCCUCGCCUGCUUCACCGAUAGCUUUCGAUUGCCGGACGGGCGAUUAUACUACGGUUUGGCCACUCUCCGAGGGAUGUGGCUCUUCGAUUACCCCCCGCCAGCCUCCUCGGCGCUGCCGGAACUGUCCACGUACAGGCUAAGAUUCAUAGAUUUUGUGCAUGCGGUGCUCUCGGUGCUCGUGUUUGCGUCGGUGGCGUUGAGAGAUAAGAACGUUGUUGAUUGCUUUUAUCCACAGCCGAAGCAUGAGACCAAGGAGGUUUUGGAUAUCUUGCCGUUGGGGGUAGGGGUUAUAUGUGGCUUGUUGUUUGUAGUCUUUCCUACAAGAAGGCAUGGGAUUGGCUAUCCGGAUACCAAGGAGAAUUGAGAGGAUUUUGUCCUCAGAUAUGUAUCUCUUGCGUUGUCGAUGAUUGAUUGAUUUGAUUUGAUUUGUUUAUGAGAACUAAUUAAUCUAA